UAAUUUUUUUCUUAUGUAUGAACAUACCAUUUUGAAUGUCCAUACGUCAAAGUCCUAUGGAUUAAUGAAUGAUUCACAUAAUUUUCUAUAAAAACAACUGAAAAUCUUACAUAAAGAUGUACUAGAUUCUUUAAAUUCUUACUUCACUUAUAAUUACACUGCUCUAAUUCCCUAAAUGUGAACAGUGAAGAAAAUCACGUUAGGUAUCUACCAUAUCGACCGUGUAACGUGGAUUCCAUGUUGUAUAAAUGUUUCGCAUAUGCGACGACAAAGUAAAGGAAAAGAAAUGGUAGUAUAGGAACUAAGAAGACUCGUAUAAAAAAUGUUAUUAUUAAGAUUAAAUCUAUAUGUAUUGUUUUGUUCCUAUACUCUCAUACAUAUAGAAAGAACGUUCACCAAAACAAUAUUUAAUUUUUAAAAUUAAGCCCCACCCAGGGUUAUAUCAUUUACGUAUAAACUCACCGUCUCUAAGUACUGCAGGUGUUGCAGGUGUAACUGGUACAAGUAGAGCAUUUUCCGAAUAAUAUUCAAAAGGUGAUCCCAUACCAGCUGCUGAGAGCAAUGGAUUUUUCACUUUGCGCGACGUUCCACUCAUAUUAUAUUUUUAUUAUUAAAGAUGCAUUACACAAACUAUUAACCAAUCUUCCAUUACGAUGCUUUAUUAAAUGUUAUAAACACGUCUCCUACUCAAAGAUUACAGUAAGAUUGCGAGAGCACAUUCACACUAUGCAAACACAUGUUCACGUCACGAGCGAGCAUAAAUGUUAAGAUUCUUUAUGGAGGGGGGAAAGUGAACUAAUAAAACUUGACUUUGAGAACCUCUGUUAUAAAAGCGGAAAAUCGAUGUACUCUUUACGAUCGUAUCGUACUCUAUCGAUAUUAACGGAAUUUUUACGUCAAAAUUUUUUAAUUAAUUUCUUCCUUUUUUUUUUUUUUCUUUUUUUGCGAAUCAUGCUUGUAUAAAUUAAAUUUCUCGUCUAAAUAUAAGUUAUGCAAUAACACGUUAUGACGUAAAACAUAUAAUUAAUAAUAAUUUUGAAUUGUAAAAAUUUUAAUUUUAAUUCGAGAUACUACCGCUAGGUGCGUCAUCUCAUUGUUUAUACGGAACUCUACGUACGUUUCGUAAGCGUUUAUGAAUUUUGAACUGAAUUGUUAACAAUGGGUGUAAAAGAUCUUUGGAAUAUUUUAUCGCCUUUAUGCGAGAGAAAGCCGUUGUUCGAACUUCAAGGAAAAGUUAUAGCAAUUGACUUGAGUUGUUGGAUAGUAGAUAGUCAAAGCAUCACUGAUAAUAACAUUCAACCAAAAAUGUAUCUUAGGAAUCUAUACUUUCGUACAGCAUUUCUUCUUACACAAGGAAUAAUACCAGUAUUUGUAUUAGAAGGGAAAGCACCAACAUUGAAGCACAAAACUAUUGAAAGAAGAAAUAAUGUUCGAGCUGGAUUUCAGGAAAGAAAGAUUUCUAGGACAGGGGGAAGAACUAAUUUUAAUAGAAUUCUUAAUGAAUGUAAAGAGCUACUUAGAUAUAUGGGUAUAGCAUGUGUACAAAGUGAAGGUGAAGCUGAAGCUAUGUGUGCUUAUUUAAAUGAGGAUGGUCUUGUCGAUGGUUGUAUAAGUCAAGAUAGUGAUUGUUUUUUAUAUGGCGCAAAAGUUGUAUAUCGAAAUUUUUGUAUGAGCGCUCAAGGAAAUAGAUCUGGUACUGGUGGUGCUGUUGAUGAGUAUAAUAUAGAAAAAAUAGAAAAUACAUUAAAUUUAGGAAGAAAUAAAAUGAUAGCACUUGCUUUAUUAUGCGGAUGUGAUUAUAAUGAAGGUGUAAAUGGUGUAGGAAAAGAGGCAGCUUUGAAAUAUUUUAAAACUGUCAACGAUUCUUGGUUUUAGAAAGAACAUAAUAUUUUUUAGAAUAAAAAGUGGCGUACUGAUACGAAUUUUGAAAAAAUGGAAGCAGAUUUAUUAAAUCCUAAUUUAUGUACAUCAUGUGGUCACUCAGGAAAGUUACACAAACACAAAUCAGGUUGCAUAGAAUGCUGGUACUGUUAUUAAUGCAAAGAUACAUAUAAAGAGAAAAGAGCACUUAUAUUAAAUGAGAUACAAAUUAUAAAAAAGACUCGUCUUAAAGAGGAUUUUCCAGAUCAAGAACUCUUAGAUGAAUUUCUUAUUCGAAAACAUUCUGUACCAUCCAAAUUAGAUUUAGAAUGGAAACAGCCACAAAUAGAUAAAUAUAUUGAUUUUGUUGAUAAAUAUUUAACUUGGGACCCCAAUAUGCGUUUUGACAAAAUUUCUUUGGUAACAAGAUGGCAGCUGCGUUAUCUACCAAAUAUUUCUUCUGAUAUGUAUUUGUCGAUAAAUAAUUUAUUUAUACCUGAAAAAAUAAAGAAAGUACGGAAUAUAAAAUCUAUCGCCAGUUAUGAAAUUAUAUGGACAGAUACCACUGGUAUAAGAGAGAAAUUAAAAAUGUACUAUGAUAUAUCAGAUAAAGAAAAUAACAGUGACGAUAUUACAAAUAAUGAACUUGUAACUAUCGAGCCACAAGACAUCGUCUUGAAAUGUUAUCCAGACUUAGUUGAAUCUUUUGAAACGGAAAAGAAUAAAAAGAAACCACCAAAAAGAACUGCCAAUAAACGGCAACGAAAGCUAAUUAAAGAUAAAAAUGUUAAUACCAUCGAAGAAGGUAACGCGAAAAAGUCUCAAAGAAAAACUAAGAAAAAACUUGUCGAAGAUAAAAAUAAUAGAAAGAUCGAUGAGUUUAUCUUACAAAAUCGACCAUUAUCAUUAGAAGAAUCAUUUGAAAGAAUGAGUAUAACGCCAAAAAGAUCUAAACAAGGAUGUGAUUCUAUCGAGAAUAACGUUAACAAGAAUAUUGAUCACAAUUUCGUAAAAUAUUCAAAGGAUGGUGUUAAACAUCCGCCUCAGAUGAGAAGAGUAUUAGAAUUAGAAAAAGUUAAUAUAAAAUUAGAUAAUACAUUAGACAGAAUGUUUCUUGAGCUUUCUCCUGAAGAUUUUACGAGCGAAACUGAGGAUGCCGAUUUAAAUAUGACAGGGAUAAUAGAUAGUUUAUGUAAUAGAUAUACUUUUCAAGAUGAGUAUAGAGAUAAUGAAAUUUCUAACAUAAUUAAAAAUGAUUCAGAUAACGUAAUCGUUUCAACGAGUAAUCAAAAUCUUGUUGAAGAUAUGGGAAGUGCAAAAUAUGACUCUAUCAAAUGUGAUCAUGAUGUAUCAAUCACAAAAUGUACAAUGAACGAUAUUCCAGAUGAAUUUGAUGAUAUAGAAUCUUAUGUACCAAUAUAUGAAAGAAUACAAAGGAGAUGUAAAAAGGAUACGACUAGAAAAAGUAAAAGAUUUAGCAUAGCAAGAUGUAGUUUCGACUUUGAUGCUCUUAUGAAUGAAACAGAUAUAGAAAAUAUAUAGCUUUUGUAUGUAUUGUACUUAGAUAUAUUUUUUAUGUUAAAUGUUAAAAAAUUUAAAAGAAUUUUUAUACGGCAAAUAUUAUAAUAUUG